CCUCUCGGGGACCAGGCCAAAAUCUCGCAGCCCACCCCGUCUUCAAGACCCUCCCAAGAUGAGUCACCGUAAGUACGAAGCCCCCCGCCACGGCUCUCUCGGAUUCCUUCCUCGCAAACGUGCCGCUCGUCACCGCGGAAAGGUCAAAUCGUUCCCCAAGGAUGACCCUAAAAAACCCGUCCACUUGACCGCCUUCAUGGGCUACAAGGCUGGUAUGACCCAUAUCGUCCGCGAGCUCGACCGUCCAGGAUCCAAGAUGCACAAGCGCGAGAUUGUGGAGGCAGUUACGAUUGUCGAGACUCCACCAAUGAUUGUCGUUGGUGUUGUCGGUUACGUCGAAACUCCCCGCGGUCUCCGCACGCUCACCACCGUUUGGACUUCCCACCUAUCAGACGCAGUUAAGCGUCGGUUCUACAAGAACUGGUACCGCUCGAAGAAGAAGGCGUUCACUCGCUACGCCAAGAAGCACGCCGAGGACGGUGGCAAGUCCACGGCUCGCGAACUCGAGCGUAUCCGCAAAUACUGCACUGUCGUCCGUGUCCUCGCACACACUCAAAUUCGCUUGACGGGUCUCAGCCAGAAGAAAGCACACCUUAUGGAGAUCCAGGUUAACGGUGGUUCGAUCGCCGACAAGGUCGACUUUGCAUACGGCCUCUUCGAGAAGCCGGUCGAGAUCCCUACCGUCUUCGAGCAGAACGAGUGUAUUGAUGUUAUCGCUGUCACCAAGGGUCACGGUUUCGAGGGUGUUACCCACCGUUGGGGUACCAAGAAGCUUCCUCGCAAGACUCACAAGGGUCUUCGCAAAGUUGCUUGUAUUGGUGCAUGGCAUCCUUCCAAGGUCAUGUUCUCUGUUGCCCGUGCUGGUCAACACGGCUACCACCACCGCACUGAGAUAAACAAGAAAAUCUACCGCAUUGGCCGGGGCGACGAUGAUGCUAACGCGUCGACGGAGUCGGAUGUCACGAAGAAGUUGAUUACACCCAUGGGUGGUUUCCCCCAUUAUGGUAUUGUAAAGAACGACUUCUUGAUGCUCAAGGGUGCGAUCCCCGGUACCAAGAAACGUGUCAUCACCCUCCGCAAGUCUCUCAUGGUUCACACCUCCCGCCGGGAUCUCGAAAAAAUCGAUCUCAAGUUCAUCGACACGUCCUCGAAGUUCGGUCACGGUUCCUUCCAAACCCCUGCAGAAAAAGCUGCGUUCCUGGGGACGCUCAAGCCCCGGGCUUAGUCGCACCACAUCCGUACUUAGGUUUUAUAUGUUCUGCUAUGCUUCGGUUCACUUUCUAUGCAACGUAGUCCUACGUACCACCAAUGCCAUUACUUUCCGCAUGCACAAUACGUAAAUUUGUAGGAUGGAGUGUGAAACCAUGAAUACUUUUGAAGCAACGAUAGAGUCGGCGGCC